GGUGAUAAUUUGAUUGCCAUCAUGGACAUCUGCAGUUUAAAUAGGUGUAUAAAUUUUGCUCCUUUUAUUUGGUGUAACUGUCAGCGUCUUUUAACUUGUGACACUUACUUUUUGUCUUUAAAGGGCCAUAUGAAUGCUGCCUUCUCAUCCCACUCUGAAUACCUGUGCCAAGGUGUCAAUGACAGUUAUUAUUAAGCAGAAGGAAGGAUGGGUAUAACAGUAGAAGGGAGGAAGGUGGGCAGGUCCAUGCUUAUCUUGUCUGUUAACUGUGAUCCUCUCGUUGUGUUUGCUGGAAGACUUUUAUGUAUAGUGUUAUCGUUUUGAGUUUUCUGUUCACCUUUCUUGAGUCCGAGAUAGCAAAAGGAUACAAAUAAGAAAAACUAGCUUUUUAAGUACCUAUUUUCAGCUUACUAACUGGGAACUUUGAGAAGGAAAAACCAGUCGUUAAAUAAGUAAUAAACAGUCCUUGUAAAGUCACCUCUGUUUGGACUCUCCUUUUGAUUAUCUAGGUCAUAGGGCCUGAGGGCAAUGGGAGGGAUCCGUGGUGUCACAGGUGCCAGAGUCAGACGCACUGAGUGUGCUGUGCGUGAUUUCCUGUCUACCCCAGCUGUGAUUAAACUGCCAUGUAAAAUAGACGGUGCCACAGCGUGAUCACCUAUCACUGGCGUUUCAGCCACACACCUGAGUGUCCGUAAAUACGGCUGAACCACCCGAACAGUGGUGUUCUUUGUUUCACGCCUUGAGGUUUAAAUUUUUUGGAUACAAAAUGGAGACUGAAAGUGAAAGUAGCACUUCAGGAGAUGACAGUGUCCUUUGGUUGGAUUCCAAAGUGACAGCCCAGGUGACUGACAGUGAAGACGGAAAAAGGGAAGAAGACUUCAGGAAGAUGAAGUCCUCAGUACACUCUGAAGAGGAUGAUUUUGUUCCAGAACUACAUAGAAGUGUUCACCCUCGAGAGCGGCCUGACUGGGAAGAAACACUUAGUGCAAUGGCAAGAGGAGCAGAUGUUCCCGAGAUUGCUGGAGACCUUACUCUUAAGACAUGUGGCAGUACAGCCAGUAUGAAGGUUAAACAUGUGAAAAAAUCCAACAGUGCGGGAUUGAUGGGCUGUGACAACAUUCACAGGUUACCCUUCACCAAAGGUCACUUUCCGAAGAUGGCCGAAUGUGCACAUUUCCACUAUGAGAACGUUGAGUUCGGCAGCAUACAGCUCUCACUUUCAGAGGAACAGAAUGAAGUAACAAGAAAUGGCUGUGAGUCUAAAGAGCUGGUCUACCUCGUACAGAUUGCUUGUCAGGGCAAAAGUUGGAUUGUUAAACGAAGUUAUGAAGAUUUUCGGGUACUUGAUAAACAUCUUCAUUUAUGCAUUUAUGACCGACGGUUCUCCCAGCUCUCAGAGCUUCCCCGUUCUGAUGCCUUGAAGGAUAGUCCAGAGUCAGUAACUCAGAUGCUUAUGGCUUACCUGGCACGUCUCUCAGCUAUUGCUGGCAACAAGAUCAACUGUGGACCUGCCCUUACCUGGAUGGAGAUUGAUAACAAGGGGAACCACCUUCUAGUUCAUGAGGAAUCAUCCAUUAACACACCUGCCGUUGGCGCUGCCCACGUUAUCAAGAGGUACACUGCUCGGGCCCCAGACGAGCUGACCUUAGAGGUGGGAGACAUUGUUUCUGUUAUUGACAUGCCCCCCAAAGUACUGAGCACGUGGUGGAGAGGCAAGCAUGGAUUUCAGGUGGGACUCUUCCCUGGACACUGUGUAGAGUUAAUUAACCAGAAGGUUCCCCAGUCAGUGACCAACUCUGUGCCAAAACCAGUGUCUAAAAAACACGGCAAGCUCAUUACGUUUUUACGCACAUUCAUGAAGUCUCGUCCAACGAAACAGAAACUAAAGCAGCGGGGGAUCUUGAAAGAGAGGGUGUUUGGUUGUGACCUGGGGGAGCACCUUCUGAACUCUGGCUUUGAAGUGCCCCAGGUUCUUCAGAGCUGUACAGCGUUCAUUGAGAGAUAUGGCAUUGUGGACGGAAUAUAUCGUCUCUCUGGGGUUGCCUCCAAUAUCCAGAGACUACGCCAUGAAUUUGACUCUGAACAUGUUCCCGACCUGACAAAAGAACCUUAUGUUCAGGACAUCCAUUCUGUCGGCUCCCUUUGCAAGCUGUAUUUCCGAGAGCUUCCAAACCCCCUGCUCACGUAUCAGCUAUAUGAGAAAUUUUCUGAUGCUGUUUCGGCAGCAACGGAUGAAGAAAGGCUGAUAAAGAUUCAUGAUGUCAUCCAGCAGCUCCCCCCGCCACACUACAGAACACUGGAGUUCCUGAUGAGACACUUGUCUCUUCUAGCUGACUAUUGUUCCAUCACAAAUAUGCACGCAAAAAACCUAGCAAUUGUUUGGGCUCCAAACCUGCUCAGGUCAAAGCAGAUAGAAUCUGCCUGCUUCAGUGGGACGGCGGCUUUCAUGGAAGUGAGAAUUCAGUCUGUAGUUGUGGAAUUUAUCCUCAAUCACGUGGAUGUUCUCUUCAGUGGCAAAAUCAGUGCCGUCAUCCAGGAAGGGGCAGCUUCUCUGUCAAGGCCCAAGUCCUUGCUGGUUUCUUCUCCUUCCACCAAGCUGCUGACGUUGGAAGAAGCCCAGGCACGAACACAGGCUCAGGUCAACUCUCCGAUUGUAACUGAAAAUAAGUACAUUGAAGUAGGAGAAGGACCUGCUGCACUUCAGGGGAAAUUUCAUACUAUAAUUGAGUUUCCACUUGAAAGGAGGAGGCCUCAGAAUAAAAUGAAAAAGUCUCCGGUGGGCAGCUGGCGUUCCUUUUUCAAUUUGGGGAAAUCGUCAUCUGUUUCCAAACGAAAGCUCCAGCGAAACGAGAGUGAGCCUUCUGAGAUGAAAGCUGUCGCUCUGAAAGGUGGCAGGGCGGAAGGAACCCUCCGCUCCACUAAGAGUGAAGAGUCUCUCACUUCUCUCCAUGCGGUUGAUGGUGAUUCCAAGUUGUUCCGACCCAGAAGACCCAGAUCUAGCAGUGACGCCCUGUCUGCUUCUUUUAAUGGAGAAAUGCUGGGGACCCGCUGUAAUUCGUACGAUAACCUGCCCCGUGACGAUGAAAUUGAGGAGGAAGUAGGGCUGCCCCACAUCCCCGUACUCAUGUCUCCUCAGUCAGCUGAGGACGUUGACUUGAGCCCACCAGACAUUGGAGUGGCCAGCCUGGAUUUCGAUCCAAUGUCAUUUCAAUGUAGUCCUCCCAAGGCCGAAUCCGAAUGUCUGGAAGGUGGGGCUUCCUUUUUAGAUUCUUUAGGAUACUCCAAGGAUAAACCGAGUACCAGUCAGAAGGAUGCAGAGGGAGGUGGUAGCCAGUCUCAGACUCCAGGAAGCACUGCAAGCUCUGAGCCUGUCUCCCCUCUUCAGGAGAAACUGAGUCCGUUCUUUACCCUGGACUUGAGCCCAGCAGAAGAUAAGUCCUCUAAACCAUCCUCGUUCACUGAAAAGGUCGUCUAUGCUUUCUCUCCAAAGAUAGGACGGAAACUAAGCAAGUCCCCUUCUAUGAACAUAUCGGAGCCCAUUUCAGUGACCCUACCCCCUCGGGUGUCAGAAGUCAUCGGUGCCGUCUCAGAUACAGCAGCUCAGAAUGCAUCUUAUCUAACCCGGAACAAAAACGUGGAAGAAAGUGAUGUCACAAACAGAUCCCCCACCCAGGUAGUAAGGAUGAAAAAAGGCGAGCGAGAAGCCCAGGAAGGAGGUGAACCUGACGUCCAGACCCUGGACCAGGUGGCUGUGGAGGAGGUGGCCUUGCCAGAGAGCGAGGAGCAGGCCAUCCUGAGUGCUCAGAGUCAGGCUGUACCUGCUGGACAGGCACAGACAGGAGCAGUUACCCAUGGCCCCCCUCAGGAUUCCGUUCCUGUCAGUUCAGUCUCUCUUAUCCCACCUCCACCGCCUCCGAAAAAUGCUGCCCGCAUGUUGGCGCUAGCAUUAGCUGAGUCUGCACAGCAAGCUUCCACUCAGUCCUUGAAGAGACCAGGGAAUUCGCAGGCUGGUUACGCAGAUUAUGGAGACAUGGCAGUGGCCACGGCUGAAGAGAAACUGCCCAGUUCCUACCCUAGCGUUACCCUAGAUAAGGCCUAUUACCAAACCCACGUUCUGGUAGAGCAGUUCCACCUCCAGCACAGUGCGUCUGGGAACUGUGGGCAGCCUGCACCAGAGCCAGCAGCUCUUGGGGGUCACACCCAUUCCACUGCAGCUGAAUCUGGGGAGCCACUUCACCAAGCAGACUCCCCAGGGAAUCUGCUGCAGCGAACCUGUUUAUCUGGGGACCCAGGACAGGCCCGAAUCCCUGCACUCCCCUUAGCAGACUCAGAGAAGCCUAGUGACCAUGUGUGUUUCCCUGGAGAGCAGCCUGGGAGGCCCAGCAUGCCAGCUGUCCCCUUUGUGGACCAGGACCCUUCUCACCUCCAUGUCUGCAGUGGAGACCAGCCUCCCCCUCAUCUUGGCGCAGGGGUGGAUAGGCCCCACCAAGAUGCAGAACUCGCAGACUCCUCUCCCGCUCCUCAUCUGCCUCGGGACAAAAUCUACCCUCUUUCUGGGUCCCCUGAAGAAAAUAGCAGCACAACCACCCUGGCUCCUGUGACAGCUGUUCCAGCAGCAGCAGAAGUCAGCAGCAGGGAAGCUGGCUGGAACACGGCUGAGCAGCCCGCUGCCGCCAGCUUCGCUGUGGCCACGCUUCAGCACACGCACAGGACUAGCCGUCCCCUGCCCCCACCUCCUUCCCAGAGGCCUGCAGAGCUGCUACCAGCCGUGGGGCAGGUACAGGCGGCUGCCAGUGGAGGACUAACUAAUUCCCACAAGGUUCCGCGAGUAGCUCCAGCUCCAGAGAAGCCACCUGAGCCUCGAGCCGUGGAUGAGCCUGUGUCUGUCUUCGUCAGCGAUGGCAGUGCGUCUGCUCAGUGUACCAUCUCUGCGCCCACUCUCCACCCCGGCCUCCCUGACAAAGCCUGGGAGGGCGCCAGGGCCCCCCUGCUGCACCUGCAGGCCGAGUCUGUUCCUGGGCACCCCUCCUGCGGCUUCACUGCUCCUGGGCCCCCCACCGGGACCGUGGAGGGUAAGAUUGAUGCUGCCAGACACGCCAACAGUGCAGAUGCUCCCAGCAGUUCAAAUUAUCACACCUUCGUCACUGCUGCUUCAGCCUCUCUGGAUGAUGGUUUGCUUGCACAGCAUCCUGUCCCACAGCCUAAGCACGCUUCUCAGAAAACAGCUUAUUCCUCCUUUGCUAGGCCUGAUGUCACCAUUGAGCCCUUUGGUCCAGAAAACAGUUUGCAUUUCAGUAUGACUCCAAACUGCCAGUACCGCCCCCAGAGUGUGCCCCCACACCAUAACAGACUGGAGCAUCUCCAAGCCUACGGCUCCAGGUCAGAGCCGUCGGCCUCAGUAGGGCUUCGUUACAACACUUACGUGGCCCCAGGAAGAAGCUCGUCUGGACACCACGCCAAGCCGUGCAGCCGGGUGGAGUACGUGUCCUCUCUGAGCAACUCUGUUAGAAGCGCUUGUUACCCUGAGGACAUUCCACCCUACCCUACCAUCCGGAGGGUGCAGUCUCUCCAUGUCCCCCAGGCUUCCAUGAUUCGCUCUGUUCCUAUUUCACGAACAGAAGUCCCCCCGGAUGAUGAACCAGCCUACUGCCCGAGACCCCUGUACCAGUAUAAGCCAUAUCAGUCUUCCCAGGCCCGCUCAGAUUAUCAUGUAACUCAGCUUCAGCCUUACUUUGAGAAUGGCCGGGUCCACUACCGGUACAGCCCGUAUUCCAGCUCUGGUUCCUACUACAGCCCGGGGGGGGCGCUGUGUGAUGUGGACGCCUACGGCACAGUGCAGCUGAGGCCUCUGCACCGCCUCCCCAGUCGCGACUUUGCCUUCUGCGACUCUAGACUGCAGGGGAGGAACGCGUCCAAUUACCCUGGUUUGCCCCCACGUCCCCGGGCCAACGUGCUUGGCUGUUUUUCUGGUGAUGACCACAGUGUAGUCAACAUGCCUCCAGCCACUGACAUAAAGCACACGUACGCCUCAUGGGAUCUUGAGGACAUGGAGAAAUACCGCCUGCAGUCCAUCCGGAGAGAGAGCCGCGCUCGGCAGAAGGUGAAGGGGCCUGUCAUGUCCCAGUAUGAUAACAUGACCCCGGCUGUGCAAGAGGACCUGGGCGGGAUCUACGUCAUCCACCUUCGCAGUAAAUCCGAUCCUGGGAAAACUGGACUUCUGUCCGUGGCAGAGGGAAAGGAGGGGCGGUUCCCAGCCAAGGCCGUGAGUCCUCAGGGAGAUGACCGCUUCCCCAGGAAGCACCCCGAGCCCGAGUUAGAGAGAGCCCCCCACCACGGGGGGUAUGGCGCUGGGCAGCCAGAGAAGCCCUCCCUCCCCCAGAAGCAGAGCAGCCUCAGGAACAGAAAGAUUCACGACAUGGGCUGUAGUCUCCCUGAGCAUAGGGCACAUCUGGAAACAAGCCAUAGGCAACUCUGCGAGUCGAAAAACGGGCCCCCUCACCCCCAGGGAGCUGGCCAGUUAGAUUAUGGGUCCAAAGGAGUUCCAGACGCUUCGGAGCCAGGCAGCUACCACAGCUCUGGGGUAGCAUACGUGACCUCAGGGCAGGAGUCUCUAAGACGGAACCACAGAGACGUGAGGCUCUUCAAAGAGCUGGAGCGGCCCCGGGCCAGGCGGCCCACUGCCCCCGAGAGACACUCCAGAGACUGCUACAAGGAAGAAGAGCACCCGGCGCCAGCUGUGCUCCCGCCCCCGAAGCCGGAGAGGAGUCACAGCCUGAAACUCCACCACCCCCCGAGCCUGGAGCGGGAGCCCGGCGUGCUGUUCCAGUACCAGAUGCCGGGCAAGCGCCAGGGUGGUGCCACCAUUGUGUCCCAGUACGACAAUCUGGAGGUCUACCACUCCCUGCCGCAGCACCCGCGGGGUGUGUUUGGAGGAGGGGGCGUGGGGACAUACGUGCCCGCCGGCUUUUCCCACCCACAGAACAGGACAUAUGCCACAGCUUUGGGCCAGGGGGCCUUCCUCCCCACAGAGCUGUCCCUGCAGCCCCCUGAGACCCAGAUCCAUGCCGAGUGAGCCUGAGCAAUAGAGUUGAAGCAGCCUCUGCUGGGCAGUGGACUGCUCUAUUUUUUUCAGUAACCAAAAGAAUUAAAAAAAAAAGCCCAACUACAAAUUCCCAACCACGUUAAAAAAAUUAAAAAACCUAACAAAUCGGCAUCUCGCAACCUCCCCGCCCCCACUUCAUUGCCACCUCUUCCAUCUACAGACUGCAUCAUGUUGUCAUUAAAAGAAAUUGGAAUGAUUGUAAAGCACUGUGUUGAAAAUCUAGUAGAGAAAUUUGUCACAGACCACACCUGCCAGACAGGGCUAAUUUGCAAGAGCCUGAGGGCUGCCUUCACCUGAAUUUGAACUUGACCUUCUCGUUUCUUAGUAUUUGCUGUGUAGUUCCCAGCAGUUGACAUCUGUUUCCUGGUAGGCUUUUGCGUUUACCAUUGGGUUCCCACCUGCUUCUGUGUCAUGCUGCUUUCCCAGAGAGACACUCCGUUUUUCUUACUUCAUUAUCCCGUGUCUUCUGAGGGUCUUGUGUGUUAAACUAGAGUGGACAAGACCUUUCCCUGGCCCUUCCGAUACGCCAGUUGGACAUUUCACAACUAUUAUAAGUAAAGAAAUAAGAGAAUUAAGACUUCAGAUUAAACAUUUGAUGAGGAAGGUUGUUUCCAGUAUCCCUUAAAAUGUCAGACCAUCUAGACCCAAGCUGAACCAUACUCUUUACAUUCAAACUGGUUCCCUCCAAGUCGAUGUACAGGCUCACAUCACUGCAGAAGAGAUUGUUUUACGUUUAAGGAAACUUCUUAGGUGGAAGAAAAUAAAGUCCUUAUUGUCAGCGAGCUUUGUUAGCAUCGGAAAGUGAAACACGUUUACUGUGUUUCUUACCUUCAGGGUGGUUUUGUUGGUUUGCUUCUCUCCCUAUAAUUGGUAAAUUGAGAUCCUAGUAAAACAUUUCAUACCGUUUGUUCUCCUAAAGCAACUUACUUUCGUAAAGAAAAAAAACAAAAACCAGCAGGAUGGUUUGACUGGAUAGACUGUUAUUACAAAUUUACAUGUUAAUUUGUUUCUAAACCAGAGCACAGGUUCCCUGUGAAUUCUUAAAGUAGUUACUAAUUAUCUGUUAGUAAUCCUAAAUUACUACAAUAACCCCUUAGCACACAGGAGGACCCUUUCUCCAGUUGGAAUUCCAGGCAGUUACCGUUUAAAUGGUCAGUAAUUACAUGUGUUUGUUCUCUGUGUACUCGUGUGAUCACAGUUUUAUUGUAAUUGCCAUUUACACCAGCAUUUCAGGUCUAGCUCUUCAUAGACAUAUUAAACAUGUUGAACGCCCAGGAUUUUCUUCUGAAAGUCACGUUCCUUAUUACAGUAGGACAGGACACCUCUCUAGCCCAGCUCCGUUCAGUUGUCUUAAUUCACCCCAUCACCAAUAUGCCAGGUUAGCGGUGCAAUCCUGUAUUUACAAAAUGAGUUUGCAUAUUUAUAAAAUGCAAUUGUCAUUGCAUUCCGUAAGUCUUAAUAAGGCUUGAGUUUUCGACAUGACCAUAUUUUAAGUGCUCAGUUUGUAGAAGACACUAGAAAAAGUUCAUUCCAUGUACUGGAUGAUUGAUUGCUGCUCUGGCUUUUUAAGUCGUGGAAUUAACUUAUUUAGAGCAAAGGAGGAAAGUUUUGAGGCUAAAAUCAUGCUGCUGUUAUUGCUGUGAAAUUGUGUAAAGAUUGGGAUUCAUGCCAGUUCCUUUUUUAUUUAAAAAAUCGUGUGAUUGCAUUUUAAGGGUUUAUAUUUAGAAAAAGAAAUAAAGUUUUAAGAACAACAGAUUUACGGUAUAUGUGGAAAUAGUCUAUAAGGUUGUUUUUGUUUUUUUUUUUUUUUUUUUGUCCCAGAGUUGACCAGAGGGAUUCAUAGGGUUGUGGCAGAAAUUUUGCAACACUAGUGAGAAAAGGUCUGCAGAACUCAGGUCUCUGCCUUGAAAGUGCAGCCCCAACUGGUAUAUAAGCAAAGCGUGAAGGAAACCCGAUCGGAUACUUCCAUCCAGCACACGAACGCACCAGGUGCUACAUACAGGCGUUUGAUCUGUGGUGAAUAUGCAACACUAAUUUUUUCACCUUAACCAUCUUUUUGUCCAGUAAGCCCCUCUGAGAUCACACCAGCCCUGUAAGUACUCACCAGCAGCCUGGAGACAAGAAAGGGCUGCUGGGAGCAGCAGAUGCACGCGGCUCUCGGGAGCUGAGAGCCCAGAGACAGUGGCUGAAGAAGUCCUGUCCAGUUUUAAUAUUUGUGGAUUUGUUGUCACACACGUUUAUCCCUGAAGCUGUAGUCUAUAUUUACUAACAUUAAUGCCUCGAAGCGAUGUCAUAUUAAUCCUGGGUUUAGAAAUAUCAGGUAAAUAUUUUGAGUACAGAACAGAGAGUCAGAUUGGUUUAAGUGUGAAACACAAACUCCAGAUAAAACCUAGAGUUGUUUCAUUAAAUGUAUGUAGAUACAGCCUCUGUGGGGUCAGUUAUUUGAAGGACUCUGCCUGUAUCUUUCCCUCCCUAAUAUUGUGGGGUAGAAUUGGAGGGCAGAUCACUGUGAGCCAGGUUACCUCAGCAUCGUUCACCUGUGUGUGACUUCACAAAUACAGUAACUGAAUGUUAGCACUUGCAAAUUUUCACGUGGAGCAUUAUAAUCAAGAAGAUGGAGCAGCCUUAUGCAUUAGACCCAAAUUUGAUUCUUGAUAUUUUCGUAGCCGUAUCUCCAGAGUUUAUCUUCUUUGGCAAAAUUCUGAUCCCAUAGUUUGGUUGAAAUAAAUAUUCCUUGGAUGUCUGGCUAGAGACUUUGCUAACAACCCCAGGGGUGUCAUUUUUUAAUAAAUUUCAUCUAAGCUGUAUUGCUUCCCAUAUUUAGUUUCGUUUUAAACAUGCAAAUCCCUGGGAGAGUCCAGGGGUAGGGCCUUCACGUUUCCUAUAAAGGCAAAGCAGUUUUUAAAAUGUAGGGUCAGGUCGAAAAAUUCUAGGACUAAUACUUGCUUCUGGAAAGAAGAGGGACCGUUAAUGUGAGUGGGGGAGAGAGAGAAGAGUCGGAGGUGGCCUUGGAAGCAGCAAUAAACUGCGCACGAUGUAGAGCUGAAGUGUGCCCCUUGAGUUCAGUAAGGAGCCUGCAAAGUCCGUUUCUCUGUUCCCAGCCGUGUCAGUCACCCAUCCGGGAUGUUGGCCAAGUCUCACCUAUGCAGAGUGUGGAAGGGAAUCAUAAUGAAAGCAAAAGGAUGUCAGAAAGUCACUUCCGAGGGUUAGAGGCAUGUGGUUUUCAGUACUGUGUGUUACAGAAAUGGCAGGAAUGGUGUAUUUUAACGAGUGCAAGAUAUUGUCAGUGUGCACAGAGGGUCUUUUUUCCUUACCCGAUUAGUACUGUUAAUGUUCAAAGAAUAAAAAAUGGUUGUUUUGCAGUUUAGAUUCUGAGAUAGCGAAACCUGAUUUUUUUCAGCCAUGAUCUGCAUGAGAGAAGCAUCCUAGAAAGUCUUAGCUCAUACCUUUGAGUUCUUAACUUUAAUUUAUAUAGUUUUUUUUUUGUUUUAAUAUUUUUUUGUGAACUGGUGUAAAUUGUUAAUGCACAUAAGCUUGUGUAUUUUUGUAAAUAAUUUUGUGAUUUAUUUCUUGCCCCAUAUGUAAAUAUUUAGAAUCUCAUUUUUUUUUUCAAACUUAUUUGAAGCUGACUUGUGGGUUUUGGGUUUUGUUUGUUUCUUUGUUUUGGUUGGGGAGGGGGAAGGGAUUUUGUACUCCGAUAAUCCAGAUGGAGAUUCUUGUGGUUUAACACAAAUGUCCCACCGAAAGCAAUUCAAAUAUCACAAUCAUUUCAGGUUAAAACAGA